CACCGAAUUUAUAUUUCACGAAAGGUUUGAUUCAUUAAACCCGUUUAUUAAAGUUUUGUUUGGUAGUAGGGUUUAGCUUCUUCCGCCGUUUUUGUGCGGUUUAGGUGUAGAUCGGCAACAUGGCCGCGACCGAGUUCGCGGGGAGCAGAGUGGGGCGCGGCAGCUUCUCGGCUCAGACGGAGGACAGCGCCAAGGACGACGAAGGGGAUCCGUUGCAGACGGAGGGGGCUGAGAACAUGGAGGCGUUAAUCGGCAAGUACGGCGGCAUGGGACUGGGACUGUCGGAGGAGGAAUUGCUGCUAGAUGACGAGGAGGAAACCGAGCAAGAACCUGUGGCAGCGCGCAAGGCAGUGGAAACCUACCCUGUCGUGGGUACUAUUUUGACAGAUAAAGCGGUAAAGUUCCAAUUCUUCCGCGAUCGGAUGGCGUCUUUGUGGUGCCCGGGUAAGGGUGUUAUGAUUCAAGAGAUCGGAGAGAAGAGGUAUCUGUUUACAUUUUACCACUUAAUUGAUAGAAAUCGUGUGCUAAAUGAUGGACCUUGGUUGUAUGAUCAGAACCUGUUAGUUUUGAAAGCUAUUGAGCAGGGUGAUAUGCCUCUGAAGAUGCCGCUUGAUACAGUUGAUUUCUGGGUACAGGGUCUACAUUUCUUCGGAACCGGCCCCGAGCAAGGUGGAAAAGAGGUUAUGAGACCUUUUGGGCCAUGGCUACGAGCAGGUGGAGGACGUCCCCGCUUAUCCUUGGGAAGCAAAUGGCUAGUUAACGAUGGAGGGGCAGGAAGGAGUCUUAUGGGAGUGCAAAAGUAUCUAAAUGAGAAGCAGGACCAGGGCCAGAUUUCUGGACAGCUCAAGAUUCAGGAAAAAGGGGAAGGGUUGAACCCGGAGGGAGCAAGGACCGCUGGCAAUGGAGUGGGUGAGCAGAAGAGGAGGCGGACCUGGGAUGCACUGGAGCAGGAGCAAUCAGGGGAGGAGGCUAUGGUUUUGGACAGCACAAAAAACAGGGAAGGGGCGGCCUGGGUUCCUCAGACCCGCCUAAAUUAGUGAAGAUCUGGGGCUGGUGGAGUUUUGAAGUUGUUUUAAAUUUUAGACUGUUUUCUCUUUCUGUUGUUUUAUGCUGGUGUCAGCGAGUACGUUUGUUUGCUGUUAUCUUUAUUUCUGUUAAGACUCUUGAACAUAGGACAGGUGAUAGAGGGCUUGGUUUACCAGUCACUGGCUCAAGUAAGCCCAAUUUAGGAUCAGCGAAUCUGGUUGCUUCUUAUGAGGUGGCAGGUUCUAAGUCUGGUUCAAGGGCAGACGGUAGGCCUUGGGCUCUAUGUCAGUUUGUAUUCUGCUUAUGUUCUUCCUUAUUAAUAUAAGCCACAUUC